AUGGAUGUCGCGCACCGCAAGGAGAGUCCACCGGUUGCAAGCGCCGCCAACUCGCGCGCAUCGUCGUUUUUCAUCGAGGAUAUCCUAUUUAGCAAACCCAAGCAGCUGUGCCGCGACUACCCCGGGUUUUCCGGACUCUCGGCGAUCAUACGGCCGUCUAUUCCGAUUGACUACAGUGGAUACCACUGCUUCCCGGCUGCACCAAUGUUUUUCCCGCACGUUUUACAACAUGUACAGGGGCUGGCGGCGAAACACGCCGAGCAUCCGUUCCUAGCAGCUUCCUCGGCAGGUUUCCCGCUAGGAUCGCUGUUCCAGCACGACAGUCCCGGAAAGCACUGCCGCCGCCGGAAGGCCCGCACGGUGUUCAGCGACCAGCAGUUGAACGGCCUCGAAAAGAGGUUCGAGUCGCAACGUUACCUGUCUACGCCGGAACGCGUCGAGCUGGCUGCUCAGCUUAGCUUAUCAGAGACACAGGUAAAAACGUGGUUCCAAAACCGAAGAAUGAAGCAUAAGAAAAUGCAGAAGAAAGGUCAUGACGACUCAGACGACAUCGAUGACGUCAAUAAUGACAGUGACGUCAAUUGUGACGAACGAAUAAAAAUGUGCGACGAUCAGGCGUCGAAUCAGUCACGUGACACAUACUCCGGAACUGACGUCCGUACCUUACUUACUGAAAAGCAAGUGCUAAAUGCAGACACUUCCGGUUAUCAUACAGACGACAAUGAAGAAAUAGAUGUAGUGGAAUCGGACGAAGAGCAUUCUUGA